AUGACCAAAGAUAUUGUCACCGAAGGCACUGGCUUCGUGGCCGGUCAUGUAAUUGACACUCUGUUGGGGCGUGGACACUCCGUUAUCACCACUGUCCGAUCUCAGGAGAAGUCUAAAGCGGUACCGAACGCCUACAAAGACGUUUCUCAUGGCAAUCUUGAUGUGCUUGUCCCAGAUAUUGCAGUAAAUGGCGCCUUCGAAGGGCUGGGCUCUCUUGGACUUGAAGCUGUGAUACACGUGGGAAGCCCAUUUCAUUACAAUGUCACAGACCCUAAGAGAGAUCUCAUUGAUCCUGCUGUCCUCGGUACCACGGGCGUUCUCAAGGCGAUCAAAGAUUCCUGCCCCGGUGUCAAGCGCGUCGUCGCGACCUCUUCCUUCGCAGCUAUAUUGAACCCUGGACUUGCAUCCAUGGGCACAGAAAAGACGUACGCAGAGGAAGACUGGAGCCCAGUGACUCGAGAGGAUGCCUCCUCGAAUGGCAUGAUGGCAUAUGUUGCUUCAAAAGUAUUUGCCGAAAGGGCGACCUGGAACUUUGUCAAGACCGAGAAGCCAAACUUUACCUUGUCCACCAUCUGCCCGUCCAUGAUCUAUGGCCCCAUCAGAGUGCCGCUUCUGCUAGAAUUCAUUCUCGGAAAGCACAAGGCAGGUCUGCCGCCCACAGCAUUGCCCCUCGGGGCUGACGUCCGUGACAUCGCCCUGGCACACGUAAAAGCCAUGGAGGUCCAGAACGCCGGGGGAAAGCGUCUCCUUACUGUAGCCAGACUCUACAGCAAUGAAGAGAUGGCCAAUGUACUUUGGAAUAGCUUCCCUUCAAUGAGGGAAAAGCUGCCAGAACCUGGUAACUUCGGAGGAGCGCCCAGUCCGGCUUUGAAGUCUUUUGGAUACAACACGUUCCGGGCGAGGGAAAUUUUGGGCUUCCAAUGGACCCCAUAUGAAGGGACUGUUGUUGAUUCAGCUAUACGUUUGGAUGGAUUGAAGGAGUAG